GUUUGAACCCCUGCCUCUAAUAUGUCUUAUGAUUUAGAAAUUAAUAGUUCAGCUACGAGGAGAUCACCCUUGGUGGAUAAGUCCAGUGGUAGUUCGUUGAAUGAUACGAUAAAUGGGAGAUCAGCUGAGGAGAUUAAAGAGUUGUUAGAGAAAGUUAAUAAUAAUAUCUAUUCUCUUGAGAAAUAUACGCUUACUUUGACGAGUGGGAAGGGAGUCAAUAAGCAACAAAUGAAAGCUAACGAAAAACUAAUGCUGGACUGUCUUAAUAAUCUCCGAAGAGCAAAAGAGCUUAUAGCCACAUAUGACAGAAACGACGCUCCGAUUUAUAGAAGAAAAUUGGCUACCAUAAGCGAUAGAGUCGAAGAAGUUGUAAAGUCAAUAAGAGACAAGGAGCAAAGAGGUCUUGCUGAGGCAAAAAGAUCCAUGAAUAGGCUCUCUGAAGAUGAACGUUAUCAGGAAGAAGAUAAGAAAGAGAAAUAAGCAACUUCUGCUCAAGCUUGAAGGUGAAGUCAAAGUCCUCGAAGAAGCAGACUAUAUCAAUGAUGUUAUCGAUGAACGGCAGGCUCAAAUCGACAAAAUUGGAAACAUCAUGAAUGGAAUCAGAGACAUCUCUCAGGACUUCAACAUGGAGGUCGAGGCACAAGGAGAAAAGCUGGUCAAUGUAGACAAUAACAUGGAAAAUGUUGCAGGGAACACUAAAGAAGCGACAAAGCAGCUCCAGCAAGCAGACAAGAGGUCGAAGUCAACCGGAAAAUGCCUUAUAAUCAUAGCUGCAAUUAUUUUCUGAGCAUUAGGAGCUCUUGUUGGAAUUUUGUUUGCUACUGGCACUAUUUAA